ACGCUGGGACGAUGGCGAGCAAGUGAAGAGGAAGAGGAAGAGCAAGAGCAAGAGGAACAGGUAGAAGAAGAGGAAAAGGUAGAGGUAGAGGAAGGAGAAGAAGAUUUGGAGGAAAAUAUCUCAGAUGCUCAACCCUCUCACCCCCCUCAACCCAGUCAAUUCAGAUCGAAGGAGAUUCAAUAUCAACAUCCACAAAACAACUCUCCUGCUCCUGUCUGCUGCCGGUACAGCUCUGCUCUGCUUCUUGGCAUGGCAACAUAGGUCUCGGAAUCCCUCUGCUCUCUUUCAGGAACCUCUCAACGGCCACCUCGCUGCAUCUUUGAACGUUGAACCUCUCAAAGACUCUCUUCCCACUUACAAUCCGAGGCAUGACCCAUGGCUUCGUGCGGGGAAGGGAAGCUACCAGCUGUGGGCUAACGAGUUUGCCCUCAAGCAUGGCGAUGGGAAGCGAUAUGGGAAGGGCUACGGAUCUCAUGGGCUCUACUCGGUGAACGACGAGCCCAACAGACUGAACAAGAGGAACGGGUGGGAGCGCGCGGAAUUUCGGCAUUGGCUGACACACCAGGGAGGAGACUCGUCGGAUUUCUGGGAGAAGAAAGGCUUCCCCACGGUAGGAAGUCAGUAUGUUCAUGCUCUCAAGAGGCUGGGGAUCAACAGUUUCGACGACCUGAAGGACUUCAACGUCGAGUAUGAUAUCCCGUCCUAUGAGUGCGGGG